AUAUUCACGAACUCGUCCCGCUUAGAAGCGAGUUGUGCCGAGCUGUAGCUCUGCUUUCCUUCUUCAGCUUCAGAAGAAUUCAGUAUCGUUAGGUAAGCUGAACUAUUCACUCGGACAUGAUGGAGAAAACAAAAGUUGCGGUUGACGAAAGUUCGAAUGUGGAUUACAGAAAUGAUUCAAACAGUAUAGUCAGCUUGCCACCGGCCUAUGACAAGCCAGUUUCAACAAAAUUAAAAAUAGCCCGCAUCUUGUCUUUGACGCUUCUGGCAAUAACUACCAUUGUGGGCAUCAUGGUUUUGCUCGGUAUUUACAUUCAUCAGGGAUACCAGUGUCAGUGCGAUAGAGAAACCGUUUCUGCUAGUCAAGUGCAACCAAUGUCUGCCGCCAGAAUAGACCGCAUGGACCAUGGACCUACCUACACAACAGAUGAUAAAGGAUCUAAAGAGCAAGGCAAAGGAAUGUCAGUGCCCCUCAAGCUGGAACUAGAUGCCGCAUUAGGGACUAUCUUGAAGGAUCCGAAGAACAAAAAGGCUGAAGUCAACUGUGUUGCAGAGACCAGGAAAGCUAGUCAAGUCAUUUCUCAAGAUCCAAAGAUGCUGAUGACACCUUUCGGCAACUUCAGCACUGAUCCCAAAGUUGUUCAUCUGAUGGGUGAACGAAUGGUGAUGUCCUGCAUAUCCGCUGUUAAGCAAUCCAAGAAGUCCAAGAGCAAAAAGGAUAAAGCAGCCAAUAAGUUGGCAAGUCUUCUUCCUCGUCCAAGAAGAUCGACAAAAGAAAUGUGCUCUUGUAACUGUGACUGUUGAGUUACUGUAAACAGGAAUAUCAAUAAUUCCUGAGAACUUUUGAAAACAUCUAUCACUUUUACUUGAUGAAGUGUUUGCACUUGAAACAUCGAGAAUAUUAUUCCUUGUUCGUACUUAAUGUAAUACUACAUCGUGAUUUCCAUUAACAUUUCGUAUGUACAAGUUAUUUUAGCGGGAUUCAGAAGCCUAAUUUUUUAGUUGUCACUAUCAGUUUAGUACACUGUAUAAUAUUGUCAUUUUACUUUAUUAUAUUAAGAAGGAAUUUUUUAUUACGGUGAGUAAUUUAUAUCGAACAUUUUCUGGUCAGACCAUUCUUGAUAUGAAAUGUUUAAUGAUUACCUUUCUUUCACAGAGUAAGAUAUAUCAGUUAAAUGUGUUGACACCAUGAAUUAGAUCAACGAUUGUAAAUAAUGGAUAAUGUGUUAUUGCGAGAAUGCAUCAAUCAUAAGUUAUACCAGCACAAGUAAAUGCAAUAUAUAUGAUCAAAAUCAUUUGUAUAGUAUUCUGUUCAAUGUAUUGGAAUAAAACUUAAACUCUGUGAA